ACAUAAUGAUAUAUAGAUUAUUUUGCAUGCAUCGAAUAGUAUUUUAUCGAACACUCUCAUGGAAUAUCGAGUUGCUUUUCUCAAAUAGAAGCCUCAAAAAGUGCUGUAUUGUACUCUAAGGGUAUCUUAUCAUUCUUUACACAUGAAUGCAGCUAUCCCAGGUGUCUCUAUUGAAAGCCAUACUAAACUGGAAGUAACAAACGAUGCUCAAAAUUUUCAUUGGAAAGGAUAUGGGUUUAAUAUGUUUAUACCCAAAGAUUGUCUGCCAGCUAAAGCUGAAUCCAAGCAUUACACUAUACACUUGUAUGCAACUAUCUCACAAGAAUGUUACCGCUUUCCUAAAAAUCACGAAUUGAUGAGUGCCGUGUACUGGAUCAGAUGUAACCCUCUUUGUCGAUUUAGAAACCCUAUCACUAUUGAAAUACAACACUGUGCAUAUAGAGAGGCAGUUAAAGGUCUUUCAUUUGUAAGAGCACUUUGCUCCCAAAAAUAUCUCCCAUACAAUUUUAAGAAAUUGGAACCACAGGGCUCCUUUUCUGACAGUUCCAGUUAUGGAUCCAUCUUGUUAACUGGUUUUAGUGGCAUCGGUAUUGUAAGUUCGGUUGAUCCGCCAAUUCCAAGCUCGAUGGAGCCUCAACGCAAGCACACAGCCACUCUCUACUAUCUUAGUAAGAGCAUCAAUAACUGGACAAUUCACCUCGCAAUAACUUGGGACCUUGAAACUUGCAUCAAUAGUGUGAAGAAGUAUUAUGAUACUGAUGGUCUAUGGACGAAAGGUGCUUUUCUCAGUGCAGUUGAGAUUAUGGGCGAUAAAAUUGAGGUUGACAUUCCACGACCUGAUUUAGUGAAUGGUUGGAUCUUGAGACCUCUAACCGCCAAAUUUCUAUUAAUAAAGACAGUGAACUACUAUGAGCCUGGCAAAGCAGUCCCUUCCAUUCAAAUCAAGGCCGUGUUUCGGCACCAAAAUUCCGCUUCAGAUUCAGUACCAGAACUGUUUUAUCAACUUGCUCUGAAAGGGAUCCAGGAGCCAAACAUAAUCACCAUUGAUAUUGACCCUUCUCUGUCAAUUAUAGAGAGCCAAUGCACUUUUCAAGCAGGCCUAGGUGUUUCUGUUGAACUUCAAGAAAUAAUGCGUAACACCGGUAUUCGAAAAGAAGAUUUGAAUAACGAAGUUACUGAUGAGAACGUUAGGCGUUUUGCCUCUAAAUUUGCUGAUUAUAACUGGUUGGAAUACGCUAUCAUUCUUGGACUCGAUGAAUCUGAAAGAAGAGCUAUCAGGACAGAUGUGCAACUAGACAAUGAAUUUUUGAAGGCUCACGAAACGCUGCAAAUGUGGCACAAAAGAAAUGGCUAUAGAGCAACCUAUAGAAUUUUGUUAGACGCAUGCUGUAGCCACAAGAAUAUGAGACUUGCUAUGGACUUAUGCCAUUUUAUUAAAGCAAUAUAAUCUUUGUUAAUUGUUUUUCUUUGUACCAGCUCAAUGAAUUUUAAAAAG